AUGGCGGACGUGGUGCAGGGGCAGACGGUAAAGCAGCUGCAGCUGGCGUCUGUGAAGCGGACGCUGGAGAUGUUUGCGAGCAACCACGGGCAGCCCAUCCCUCUGGAUGAGGAGAGCCAACGCAUCAAGCUCGCCUGCAAGAUCAAGGACGAGUAUGCAUCAGCGCAGCACCUGUCGGCACCCACCCCAGGCUCGGCGCCGGCCCCGGUUUCAGGCGCCGUGUCGGCGAGCGCACGCACGGCAGGGCCGGCGGCUGCAGCGAACGAGCAGGACGCGCCAGUGGUCGAGUCUCGCACGGCCACGGCGCGGCUCAUAGAGAGCAUCCCCGUCAAGGACAGGCGGCAGGCGGCGGCCGAGGCGGGCGGCGGUGCUGGCUCGGGCGGCGCGCUCAUCCCCUACGCCGCGCAGGGCGGCCCCGGUGCGGGCGGCACACCCGGCCCGUCCUCCCAGCGCGCCAUCAUGGAGGUCAUCCGCGACAAGGGCCACAGCAGCGCCGCCGUCAGCCGCCGCCUGGGCAGCAAGUGGCCGCGGCCCGCGUGGCAUGCGCCGUGGCGGCUGUACCGCGUGAUCUCUGGCCACCUGGGCUGGGUGCGGUCUGUUGCGUUUGACCCCAGCAACGAGUGGUUUGCCACAGGCAGCAGCGACCGCACCAUCAAGCUGUGGGACCUGGCCAGUGGGCAGCUCAAGCUCACGCUCACGGGCCACAUAGAGCAGGUGACGGGCCUGGCUGUGAGUUCGCGCCACCCCUACAUGUUCUCAGCCGGCCUGGACAAACAGGUCAAGUGUUGGGACCUGGAGCACAACAAGGUGCGCACGUGCGUGUGA